UUGGGCCUAAUCAUCGGAAUUUCCAUGUGUUAUUGCUCCUCACACACACUGCCACAACAAUCCACCUGUCCCUCCUUUCUCCAUUUCUGCCCACCUCCCCCAAGGCAAAGCAAAGAACAUUCCUAAACCGCCCAACCCCUAAAGCCACCUCCGCUUCCUUAAUAUCAGAUCUAAUCCCCCCAAACUGAGCAUGGCGCUAGAAUGGGUAGUGCUUGGCUACGCCGCGGGUGCAGAAGCCCUCAUGGUUCUCCUCCUCACGCUACCUGGCCUCGACGGUCUCCGUAAGGGCUUGAUCGCCGUCACUCGUGGCCUCCUCAAACCCUUCUUGUCGGUGGUCCCGUUUUGCCUCUUCCUACUGAUGGAUAUUUACUGGAAAUACGAGACACGGCCUAGCUGUGAGGGCGAUUCUUGUACUCCUUCCGACCAUCUCCAUCACCAGAAAUCCAUCAUGAAGAGCCAACGCAACGCGCUUCUCAUAGCCGCCGCUCUCCUUUUUUAUUGGCUUCUUUAUUCUAUUACUGGCCUUGUUGUUAAGGUCGAGCAGUUGAAUCAGCGCCUUGAGAGGCUUAAAAAUCGGGAUUGAGUGAGAUAAGUGCCUUUUUUUUUUUCUUUUACAACGCUUGUGUUUGGGCUAAACUUUUUGUUGUGAUGUUUUAAAUUUAUAAUUCCCUCUCUGUUGUGUUUGGCUACUAUGAAGGAUUUUAUUAUCUUACAAGAAUUACAUGGUCAUAUUGUUUAAUCUCUGUUUUCUCAAAUUGUAAUUUGUUAGGCUUUUGGUUAAAAUUAUGCUCUCUUAUGAAUUUGUUUUUGAUUCGACAUAGAUGAUGGCUACUUUUUGAAUUGGAAUUGAGGUUUUGGUAAUAUGUAGCUGCAAUUUUUAAGUAAGAACAAGUUGAUUAUCAUUUGGGAGUGGGUGUAGUAUUCAUAUGAUCGAGUUCAGUGCCUGCCAUUUGUGUAUACUAAUUGAGGCUGAAGUUCAUAGGUGGUUACUGUUCAAUCAGACUGUUUUCAGAACCUGAUGUGUAAUUAGAAGCAUCAAAUCCAUGUCAGGAUGAUCUAAGUAAUUUAUUCUUUAUGUUGUUAUUUUGGUGCUUUCUAGUUUGUUCCAUUAAAAUAAGUAGCAAGUUUAGGAAUUUGGUGGUCGAACAUGGGUUUAGUAAGUUGAAAGAAAUUGAGCAUCACUAUGUGAACUGAGGUGUUGGAGAUUGCGGCUUAAAAUCUGUCCAUUGUGGUUGGUGGUAAGUGUUAAAAGAGGGAAUCCAACAUAGGGAACUUGCUUCUAUAAUGCAUGUCAUACCAAAUGGACAAACUUGAGGCUGAUUUUAGAUUAAAUUAAAUAUUAGUUUGUUUGAAUGAUAUCCAAAUAAUUUAAUAUAAGUUUUUAAGUAUUUUAGAUAUAAAAAAUCAAAUCUUUCAUCUUCGAAUCAGCUUGUGUCCUUGUAAGCGAUUCUAUAAUUUUAAUGUUUUACUCAGUUUUUUCCUUAAAAACAUUUCUAUUUCUUUUAUAGGAUUCUACUUACUAUUUUUCCUUUUGAGUUCCUUCAUGCCAAGUUCCACUUAUUAUUAUUUUUUGAAUAAUAAUCGACUAGAAAUUUAUUAAUAAAAAAAGUAGGAAAACAUAGCUGGAUCCAAAGACUGGGUUCAGGCUUGUUAAAAGAUUAACACACUUUCGGCCUUACUUUUUAAAAACAGAGCAAAAUUCAAAAGACAACCCUAAGUAAAAAAGACAACGCAUUUACUACUAAAGAAAAAGGAAACUUACCGUUAUUAUUUUAGUCGAUUUCAAACAACUGGACGCCUUAUUCUAUCGUCUUUUCACAUCACUUGUCCCAUCUGUUCUGUCGAUAGCCUUUCCAAUAUUUCCUUUGCCUGCUAUCUGAUUCUUUUCUUUCUUCCCAAAACGAGUUUUAGUCUGGGUUCCGUCUCCAUCAUCCCUCCGGAUUCGAAUGGUAAAGAUUUGGAGCCGCUCUCACCAGGUGCGUUUCCUCUCCCUUAAAGUUUCUUCUGCAAGUUUGUGGGCAUAGACAUUUUCUGAUCUGUUAAUAAACUGGAAAUUGAUUUCAUGAAAACAAAUCUUUUUGCUUUGAAUAUCUCUGAUGAUUGCCUCUAUGACUGAUUUGUCUGAUUUCAUUGUUUGGCAUUUUUUGAUAACUGUUUGGGAGUCCUCGAUUAUCGUUACUGAGAGGAGAUCCAACGAGAGUUCUAACUUUAUAGCCUGUAAUCCUGCAUAAGCUUUUGCUGCAAACGGAGAUGGAACGUUUGUGUUCAAAACAGUCUUCGUUGCUAGGAGUGCCCCCAUCUGGCCCCAAACAACCAAGUCCGAUGCCGAUUUGAAAUUUCUUUUGUCAAAAGCUGCGUCAAUCUGAAUCAUCGCCCUGGUAUUUGCACCUUGUUGGCUGUGGCUUCUGUUCGUGUUUAAGAUGAACCACAAUCUGCGGCAGAACAUUCGGCACUGUUUAGAAGUACUCCUCUUAAAGAUCCAGGACAGUGUCGAAAAACAUGAGUGCUAUCUUCUUUCCCAUUUCUGCAGCGAGGACAUAAUACAUUAUUAGUUGCUCGUUUAUGCUUUAGGUUUACUAGGGUAGGGAUAUAGUUUCAUGAUAUUCUCCAUAUUGUAAUUGUAAUUUUUAAAGGUAGCUGUAGAAUCUAGAGCUUUUUGUAGAAUUCCUUUAUAUUGUUAUUAGGACCCAACCUAGCAUCUUGUAAUAGUUUUUAGGCACAUUUGACUGAGAAUUCGCCAGAUGGUUCUCCUUUCCACACUUGAAAACCAUCACGAGCUGUUUCUACUAGAGGGAUUUGCAAAAUUUUUUGAGCUA